AUGGAUUUUUCUGAUAUUCAUUCAGAAUCAUCGAAACGAAAAACGAAUGAUGGAUGGACGGUCUGUAUGAAAUGUGAAACAUAUCGGCCGCCCAGGGCCCAUCAUUGUAGAGUCUGUCGCAGGUGUGUCCGGCGCAUGGAUCACCAUUGUCCCUGGAUCAACAACUGUGUCGGAGAGUACAACCAGAAAUAUUUUAUCCAGUUCCUAUUUUAUGUUGGCCUGGCCAGUGCAUUUGCCAUUAGUUUAGUCAUAGUGUCCUGGGUCCUGGAGACCAAGGCAGGGAAGGAGAUCAAGCAUGUCAAACUAAUCCAUUCCAUUGUGCUUGUGAUAGAAAGCAUAUUGUUUGGUUUAUUUGUGAUUGCUAUUGGUUGUGAUCAAAUGUCCGCUAUACUGAAAGAUGAAACAGCUGUUGAGCAUGUGAAGAAGGAAGGACCGGUCCGAGCCAAAAAGUCUCGAUAUAUUUUACUUCAGGAAGUUUUUGGCAGAAGUCACCCCUUGUUAUGGUUAUGGCCGCUGCAAUCAAGUCGACUGAAAGACUCCCAGGAUUCCACCCAGUACAACGUUUAG